AGACAAUUCAAUACUCAAUAAAAGAAUAUUAUCAAGUGGUUAUAUCUUCUUGAUUCAUAUUACGUUCUUGGUCUGCCAUCUGAUCGGGUUAAUCCCAUCAUUGGUGCUCUCAUUGAGAGAAAUACUGUGAGAUAAGGCUGUGAGAUUAUGGCCGAACGAAGGACGAGACGUAACCCUGCUGCUUCCGCCCAGUCGACGGUGAGGAGUGACAACUCUGAACAGGGUAUGAUCGUUCCUGUCAAUGGGUUGGAAACGGCACUAAAUAAUGUGGCUAACAUGAUGGCCAACAUUAUGGAGCGAUUGGAUAAGGCUCUUCCAGGUCCAUGCGGUACCCGGGACAUCCCUGCCGGGCAACCCCGCCAGGUCCUGCGUACUGCGAGUUCUCCUAUCCUCCAGGAGCUCCAUGAUCCGGAGGAAGUUGAAAGGGAGAGGCAAGCCAUUGACAGACGCCGGGCGGAGGAAUUGGCCCGGAAUAACAAGGUGAAUGAAGGCCGGGCUAAGGAUGCAAGCCGGAUCUUCGGCGAUGGGAACGAGAACCCGCAGGCAUCUGUCUUUGAAAGGAUAUCUCGCCAGAAAGCUCACGUUAGUGAGAGGCUGGGGAAGAACCCGGAAAAGGCACCCCAGGGUUGGAUACGACCCCAGGCCAGCCAGGUGGCCUCUUCCAAUCGCGAACCCCGGCAGCAAAACGGCCGUGGCGCGAGCCAAGUGCUGGUCCGGUCAUUGAGGAAUCUGGAGGAGGACGAGGUUCAAAGCCAAGCCAGGGUCCCAGCACCACGGCGUCUGGGCCGCCGGUGCCGGAAGCUGGGAUUCAAAAUGUCGUUUGUUAAGCGUUAUGAUGGGGAGUCAGACCUCCAGGAACACAUAAACAGUUAUGUCCAAGUGAUGAUUGCCGUAGACGCCAGGGACGCACUCAUGUGCCGGUGCUUCUUGCAGACAGUUGACAGCAAGAAGCAUGGAGAAUCCUUGAAGAAUUUCCUUAUCCGAUGGAGGAAAGAGUCCAGGGAGGUUGAAGGAACUGAUGAUAAAUCCAGGUUGGCUAUGUUCAUAGCGGCAUUACAGGAUGGACUCCUUCACACCGAUCUUACUACUCAUCCCCCAGAUACCUUCGAAGAAGCAAUGGUCCGGGCGGGGAGGUAUGUGACCCUGGAAGAAAGGAAGGAGGAGAAGAAAGAGAAGACUCCUAAAGAAGAAGAGAAGACGGGAAAUAAGAAGCCGUUCAAGAAUAAGAAGCAGGGCUUCCCAGAUGGCCCAAAGGGCGCAAGUACUGGGACCUCGGAGAAGCAUAAAUCUACCAAUCCAGUCUUCACAUUGCCUGUGGCUGAGGUCAUGGCCCACGCUGCACAGCAGGGACUCAUGGCUUACCCAACCUAUUCUCAGAAGGUCUGCAAUGUGGAAGGCACUGGAAAAUGGUGUGCUUACCAUCGCAAGAAUGAUCACAACACGGAAGAUUGCUAUACUCUGAAGAAUGAGAUGGCAAGGCUAAUCCGCCGGGGUUAUCUAAAGAAAUUCGUGCAAGAUGGUGAUGUGGGAAAUCCCGGGAAUGCUCAGAAUGGAAAGCGCAGAGAUAAAGAAGUGGCCCAGGCUGAGGCCCGGGAGAAACGCCACAUUGGGCUUGAAGACGAAGAGGAGGAUUCGGAACCCGCACCGCAUCGCCAGAAGAGACACCACGGGUGUAACUUCAUCAUUGGAGGAAAUACUGGCGGAGACUCAGCCACAAGCCGGAAGAAGUGGGCUAACGCGGCGAUGGUCAACAAGGUGCUGGUCAUAGAAGGUAAGAAGCUGAAAACCAAGCCAAUUGUAUUUUCUAAUGCUAAUCUCCCAGAAACAGGGGUCCCCCAUAGGGAUGCCCUAGUGAUUACUAUUGAUAUAAUGGACUUACUGAUCCACAAAACCCUUGUGGAUACGGGAAGCUUCGUUAAUAUCAUGUAUAUGGAUACGUACAAGGCUCUUGGUUUGACAAGGGAUGAAUUAUCACCCAUCAAGACUCCACUAACCGGGUUCACCGGUGACUCUAUUGAACCGGAGGGGGUGAUAACCCUCCCGGUUGAGAUAGGGGAUACUAAGGCUACCCGGAAGUUGGACAUGGAGUUUGUUGUGGUGGGGAUAAUCUCCAACACAAACAUUAUCCUGGGCAGACCCGGAUUGGAAGAUUUGGAGUGUGUCAUCUCGCCUCGUCACCUGUGCAUAAAAUUCCCAACCCCCCACGGAGUUGGAAUUUCCAGGGGAUCUCAGAGAGUGUCCCAGGCAUGGUAUUUGAAGGCAACCAAACAGCCGGUCAAAGUAGAAGUUGCUGGCGACAUUGAAGAAGUGGAAUUGGAGCCAGGCACGCCGGGAAGGUUGGUCAGGAUUGGCAAGGGCUUGGGGGCUGAACUCAGAUCACGAGUGAUUUCAGUCCUUAGAAGGUUCAGGAGGGUCUUUGCAGGGAGUCCAGCUGAUAUGCCAGGGCUGGAUCACAAGAUUGCAGUUCAUCGCCUAAAUGUCCUGCGGGAUGCUAAACCAGUGAAGCAGAAACGGAGGCAUUUGUCGCAGGAAAGAAGAGAUUUCGUGAAGAAGGAGGUAGCAAGCAUCGGGCACAUCCGGGAGGCUCACCGGAUUGUUGUGCUCACGAAUGAGCCUUUGGCGUCACAUACCCGAAGCCCCGCGGCAUCUGCCCGGAUGACCAAGUGGGCAGUCUUCAUCAGUCAGUAUAACGUGGAGUUCAGGCCGCGCCCAUCCAUCAAGGGGCAAGCACUCGCCGACUUUCAAGUUGAGUGCACCGCUAGAGAAAUGACAAGAGCCCAGGUUGAAACCCAGGUGGAAAAGGACUGGUGGGUAAUGAGCAUUGAUGGAUCUUUUGGGUCUCGAUCUUGCGGAGCAGGGAUCGUCUUGAUCACCCCAGAAAAAUUCCGGAUUUAUUACGCCAUCAGAUUUCAGUUCCGCGUAUCUAACAAUGAAGCUGAAUAUGAGGCCCUAAUCAACGGAUUGAAGAUUCUUAGUAAGAUGGGAGUGUCCAGGGGUCAGGUUUACAGCGACUCCCGAUUAGUGGUGGGACAAAUCACAGGGGAGUUUGAAGCAAAGGAAGAAAGGAUGAAGAGGUAUCAGGACUUGUCUUUAGAGAUGUUGGAGAGGUUUGAGUUUAAGCUUGAACAUAUACCCCGGGCCCAGAACGCAGAGGCCGAUGUUCUAUCCAAGCUUAGCGCAGAGUCACCGGAAUACAUAAGCAAAUUAGCAACCGUCGAGGAACUGGUAACCCCGAGUCUUAACAGCAAUAAGGUGAUCUGGGUAUCAGCUGAUCCCCCGGAAUGGCUGGACGGGUUGGCCAAAUACAUUGAGGACGGUGAAGCCCCGGAAAAUCCCGAAGAAGCACGUCUGUUGCGAAUGAGGGCACCUACCUACAAGGUACAGGAUGGAGUCCUCUAUAAGCGAUCUUACAACGGUGUUUUACUCCGUUGCCUCAGGGCAGCAGAGGAAAAGGCACUAAUGGAAGAAAUACAUGAAGGAGUAUGUGCUGCACAUCAGGGUCCUUACUCCAUUUCCAGAAGGGCUAUUAUCCAGGGAUACUUCUGGCCAAUGAUGAGGAAGGAUUGCGAAGAGUAUGUACGCAAGUACCCGACCUGCCAACAAUUCCAGAAUAUACCCGGGAGGCCAGCCACAAAUUACACGCCCAUCAGCUCUGUGAUUCCCUUCUCAAGAUGGGGGAUUGAUAUUGUGGGAGCCCUGCCGAAAGGAGCUGGGCAGGCAAGGUGGAUUGUGGUGGCGAUAGACUAUUUCACGAAGUGGGUAGAAGCUGAGCCACUUGCCGGGAUUACCGGAAGGCAGAUGAUCGACUUCGUCGGAAUGAAUAUACUCUGCAGGUUUGGGGUCCCGAGACAGAUCAUAUCUGACAAUGGAACCCAGUUUGAGGAAGCAGAGUUUCAAGACUUCCUCAAAACUUGGGGAAUUCAGCACACAAAGGUGUCUGUUGCGUACCCUCAGGCUAAUGGACAAGUGGAGAACGUCAACAGAACAAUCAUAGACGGAAUAAAGAAGAAGCUACUUUCAGAAGGAAGCAAAUGGGUAGAUGAACUACCCAGAAUCCUGUGGACAUAUAGGACGACUCCAAGGAGAGCCACGGGUGACACUCCUUUCGGCUUAGCUUAUGGUUUUGAAGCCCGGGCUCCCGCUGAGGUAGUAAUCCCCACCAGGAGAGAAAUGGAAUAUGACCCGGAGGUGAACGAACAGAAUCAGGCCGUAGAGCUGAAUUUCGUAGAAGAACGAAGGGAUGAAGCACAGAUCCGGGCAGAGAAUUAUCGUCGCCAGGUGAAAUCUUACUUUGAUAGCAAGGUGAAACCAAGGGCGUUCCAGGUGGGGGAUUACGUUCUGAGGAAACGAGAGAAAAGUCAACCAACUAAGGGUGGGAAACUGGCUAAGAAGUAUGAAGGACCUUAUAUCAUCAAGGCCGUUGUUCGCCCAGGCAAGGCGGAUUGGCACUUCCGAAAUCUGGAGGAGUGCGUUCCAGAAAAGAACCCCAUAGCAGGGAGGUCUGGAGAGUGUCCGCCGAAGACACUUCAUGACAUUCACAAGAAGCGGAAUGGUACCAACGGGUUGGGGAUUAAAAGUCAUCCUCGUGGAUACCAUCCAGUCAUUCCCAUGAAGGCGGACAGAGAGGGAGCUAGGGCAUGAGGGAAGGACUCCAGGCCUAUCUCCGCUUAUACGGGAGGAGGAGGCGGAUCCUGGAAGGUCCCAUCCUUUUCCCUGCGUAUAAAUGGGAGCCUGUUUCCCCCCACUCCUCAGGUUAUAUAAAAUGAGUGUGGAUCUUAUGACCACCGAAGAAUUAUGGCAAAAAAUAGAGUAAAAUGAAUGAAGGCUUACUCGAAGU